AUGGCGCCAGUAACUUUGAAAACGGUCGACGACGACCUCAAAGAUGUGAUCCAGCACCUAUUCGAAAUCCAAUCUGCCGUCCACGGCUAUCUGGGCCCAGAGACACAGCAGGAGCUUGUGCGAAAAAUCAAAAACCUAACUGUCGCCCUCUCGACGCUUUCAACACACACCCAACUCCCACCAACACAAGAAAACCAAUCAGACACCAAUACCGACCCCUCCAACCCCACCCUCGCCAGCAUCCAGCUCCCACCAGAGAUAAUCGACUACGUCGACUCCGCGCGCAACCCUGACAUCUACACGCGCGAGUUCGUCGAGCUCGUCCAGCGUGGUAAUCAGGACCUGCGCGGGAAGCGCGAAGCUUUUGCGAGCUUCCGCGACGUGCUGGCUCGCGAGAUGCGCAGCGCUAUGCCUGAGUGUCGCGGAGAGGUUGAUCGGGUGGUUGCUACGACGGGUGGGGCUGUUGAUGGGCCUGAUGGUGUUGCUGGGGCUGGGGCUACAUCUACACUCGGGGGUGGGAAUUGA